GCUGUUCUUCCACACAGGGCGUUAACACGGAGGAAGCAGGAACACACAGAGCGGCUUUGAAGCACAAAUCACGGCAGUGGAUCAGCAGAGGAAGAAAUCCCUCUGGAAGAAGAACACCGGGGACUCUCUGCUGCUAAGGCCGGGGACUGGAGCUCCACCACCGGGUACAGAGACACACACAGCCCGGUCCCUCACCGGCUGAGAGAGAGACAGGCAGAGACACGGGGAGAGAGAGAGACAGGUGGAGAGAUGGAGACCACAGUGUAAACAACAAGAUAAACGUAACUCCUCUGAGGUACUCCAAGCUAGAAAACCUUCGACACCAUGGCGGGAGAUCUGCUCAGUUUUUCAGCCAACAAGCGCAUCAUCGCCGGCCUGCUGGUCAACCUGUUCUCCUCCAUCUGCAUCGUCUUCAUCAACAAGUGGAUCUAUGUGCACUAUGGCUUCCCCAACAUGACCCUGACCCUGGUCCACUUUGUGAGCACCUGGCUGGGACUCUACGUCUGCCAGAAGAUGGACAUUUUCGCUCCGAAGAGCCUCCCGAUCCGCAGGAUUGUGUGGCUGGCUCUGAGCUUCUGUGGGUUUGUGGCCUUUACUAAUCUGUCCCUGCAGAAUAACUCCAUAGGAACGUACCAGCUGGCUAAAGCCAUGACCACGCCUGUCAUCAUCCUCAUCCAGACCACGUACUACAAGAAGACCUUCUCCACCAAGAUUAAACUCACAUUGGUUCCUAUAACAUUAGGCGUGAUACUGAACUCGUACUACGAUGUGAGGUUCAACCUGCUGGGGACAGUGUUCGCGACGCUGGGAGUUCUGGUGACGUCUCUGUACCAAGUGUGGGUCGGAGCGAAACAACAUGAGCUCCAGGUGAACUCCAUGCAGCUGCUCUACUAUCAGGCUCCUCUGUCGUCUGGCUUCCUGCUCUGCGUCGUUCCUGUCUUUGAACCUCUGACCGGAGAAGGAGGAAUAUUCGGACCCUGGUCUCUGCCGGCUCUGCUGACUGUGUUCUUCUCGGGUGUGGUGGCGUUCCUGGUCAACCUCUCGAUCUACUGGAUCAUCGGAAACACUUCAGCCGUCACCUACAACAUGUUCGGUCAUUUCAAAUUCUGCAUCACUCUGGUUGGAGGAUACCUGCUCUUCCAUGACCCGCUGUCACUGAACCAGGCUCUGGGGAUCCUCUGCACUCUGGCAGGAAUCCUGUCCUACACUCACUUCAAGCUGGCCGAGCAGGAGGAGGGGAAGAGCCGCCUGGUUCAACGACCAUAGGUUGAUCUAACCCAUCAGUCACCAUCACGGACUCCUGCCAUUGGCUGAAAGAACUUUUUUAUAAAUACUUUUUAUAUUUUUAUGAGUAUUUUUGCAGGAUAGUUAAACAUUUUAUCACGGUUGCCCUGAAAGGAUGACACGUGCACGGCAUGUGAAGUCAUCUCUCAGCUGAACAGUUUUUAUAUUUGUACCAGAAGCUGAAGCUCUUCACAUUAUCAGCUGCUUUAUUAAAACUAAACAUCCAAAGUAACACCUGAUUCCAUGUGAAGCAGAAAGAAGCACAACUUUCUCUCACUGCUUGAUAGAGGAGUGAGUUCAGCUCUCUCUGCGGUGUGUGUGUUGACCUUUGGUACGACCGGUGGGAGUGGUUUCCUCUCAGUUAAUCAAAAGGAGCCAAACAAUAUCAGUCAUGAGAGGGUGGGUCCAGUUAAAGGACUGUUAGUUUAUCCUGCUGCUGCCAUGACAACAAUCAGAGUAAUAUCAUCAGUCCAUAAAAGCAGAGAUGAUCACAUCGUCCGGUCUCUGUCCUCUAUCUGCUCCAAGGAUCUGACACGUAUCAGCUCGUCUUCUUCUUCUGUUUUAACCUCAGAUAUUUACACACACUGUCCUUUAAUUCACCUCAGCUGUGACUUAGUCCAACACAUUUCAAGCGGUCCACGUAAAUGAUUUCAAAAGACGCCUGACAAACACUCACUGAUGUACUGAGGUGUUGUUAUUGACAGAGAGAGGCACAGCAAGCUCACACCUGAAUCAACACCCAAUCAGGAGCAUGCAUGGACGAACUGAGUCUGCUGAGUUUAUGUUUAACUUCAUGCUGAUGAAUAAUAGGAGAAAACUUCACAGCCUUCCAAAUGUCACAGGAACAGGAAGUGGACGUGGAAUCAUUCAGAAUCAGUGUCAGGAAGGAGUCAACAUGAAAUUGGACAUUGCGAUACGACACAAGCUUUGCUAACGCUAUAGAGAUUAGCUAACAGGACAAUAGAGUCAGAGUAGAAAUAAUAGAUGCACUUUUCCACUGCGUGACUUUUCUUCAGACUGAUAUUCACUCAGCUGCAGAAAAUGUUCCUGCAACCGAGCCUUUGAACAAAACAGCAUUAAAAGUUGGUCCUUGAUUUUUCAUUCUUCAGUUUUUAGAUUCAAGCUUCUUUUCGCUCCUUCAUUUAAUGUCUUCCUCUCUGUUUUAAACUUGUUCCCUAUCAUAAUAAUAUGCUUUAUCAUUCUGCCCAAUAAGCUCAGAGUUAUACUUGUUUUGUUUUCUUUUAAUAAAAAGGUUAAUGUUUACGUUCAGGAUGUUUUUAACUCUCAUGCAGCACGAAGGGAACUUUGGGAAAGACGUGAAUCACAGAGCGACGAUCAAUCUGUGGAGCGUUUAAAGGUACGAUGUGAGUCUUAAUACGCGUACGGUCCGUCACAUUUUUACAUGGAUUGCUUUGUAUUGCCGAUGUAUGAGCAGAUUGUAUCUUAAAUUAAAAAAUUCAACCUUC